AUGUUUAAGAAAGGAUUAGACGUACUCAAGCAAACAAAGGAAGCCGUCAAAGAAGGCUUUGUAGAGAAUCCAGAUGAAGAGGAACACAUUACCAACGCUAAAAUAAACUUAAAGAAUAUGAAAUGGUCUCUCAAACUAUUGACUGAAUUAUCUAGAAGUUAUUAUCUUACUUCAGAUAAACAAGUACAACAAGGUAAUGGAUUAGCAACUAUAUUAAAUAGAUUUGGAGAAAAGACAUCACAUACAAAUUAUACAGAGAAUCAAACUGUUCCACUUUCAACAUCGCUCAAAGAGGUUGCUGCAGGUAUCAAUGACACCUCUCUACUCUUCCAACAAUACACACAGUUGUUUGCUGAUCGUUUGGCUACUCAAAUCACCGCCUUGUACGAAGGUGAGGUUAAAAAGACAAUCAACGCUGAAAAGGGUCAAGAAGAGUUACGUGCCAAAUUCAACGUUGCCGCUAGUAACCUCAGAAGCGCUCAAAAGAGUAACAAGCAAGUUGCCGAACGUCAAUCUGAAUACGAUAAUGCCAAGUCACUCUAUGACCAAAGUAGUGCCAACUUUGUUCAACUUGUAUUUGACACGAUCCAAUACGUUCAAAAGGAGGUUGCAUUGUCAAUGAAACAAUUUGUACAAGACCAAACUAGAUUCAUCCAAGAAGGUAUUCGUGUAUGGACUGAUGCUGAAAACAAGAUCUUUGGUGUUGAAUCACCUGCUGCUGCCUCAACCCCACAACAAUACCAACAACAAUACGAACAACAACAACUACAACAACACCAAACAACCUUCUCACUCGAACCAGUCAGUCUUAGUAAAUUGACAAUCGAUGAAAGUUCACCACCAUACCAACCACCUGCCGGUGACACUCCAAGUCCACAAUAUCAUUCACCAUCAGGUGAACCAAACCCAUUCGAUGAUGCCAAUCCAUUCGAACCAACUCUUUAA